AUGGCAGAGAACAAGCGUGUCUGCUUAGCCUACUCCGGCGGUCUGGACACAUCUGUCAUCCUUGCCUGGUUGAUCGAGGAAGGCUAUGAGGUGAUCUGCUUCAUGGCCAACAUUGGCCAAGAGGAGGACUUCGAAGCUGCCAAAGCCAAGGCCCUGAAGAUUGGAGCAAAGAAGUGCUACGUUGAAAAUGUCAUCGACGAGUUCGUCAAAGAGCUGUGCUUCCCAGCCAUCCAAUCCAACGCCUGCUACGAGAAUGUCUACCUGCUCGGAACCUCGCUCGCCCGACCAGUCAUUGCACGAGCCCAAGUCGCAGUGGCACAAGCCGAGGGCUGUCAGUUCAUCUCGCACGGCUGCACCGGCAAAGGCAACGACCAGGUCCGCUUCGAGCUGGCCUUCUACGCCCUGCAACCCACCAUCCAAGUCAUUGCCCCUUGGCGCAUCCCCGAGUUCUACAACACCUUCAAAGGCCGGAGCGACCUCCUCGACUACGCCGCCCAGAAGGGCAUCCCCGUCACAUCCACCAAGUCGAAGCCAUGGUCGAUGGACGAGAACCUCGCCCACUGCAGCUACGAAGCUGGCAUCCUCGAAGACCCGGACACCUCACCACCAAGCGACAUGUGGAAGCUGACGGCCGACCCGAUCCUGUCCGCACCCAACGAACCCGAAGACAUCGUCAUCGAGUUCGAACAAGGCAUCCCCGUCAAACUCACCUCCCCCUCGACGGGCACCUCGACCGACCCCACCGAACUCUUCCUCGCGGCCAACACCCUGGCCCGGAAACACGGCAUCGGCCGCAUCGACAUCGUGGAGAACCGCUUCAUCGGCAUCAAAUCACGCGGCUGCUACGAGACGCCGGGCCUGACGAUCCUCCGCAACGCACACAUCGACAUUGAAGGCCUGACGCUCGACCGCGAGGUGCGCGCCCUGCGCGACCAGUUCGUCACCAUCUCGUACUCGCGCGUGCUGUACAACGGCCUGUACUUCUCCCCCGAGCGCGAGUUCCUCGAGAGCAGCAUCAUCGCGUCCCAGAAGUCCGUCAACGGCCAGGUCCGCCUGCGUCUGUACAAAGGAAACACCAUUGUGCUGGGCCGCAGCAGCAAGACCGAGAAGCUGUAUGACGAGCAGGAGAGCUCCAUGGACGAGAUCGGUUCCUUCGAGCCAAACGAGACCGGCGGCUUCAUCAAGGUUCAGGCUAUCCGGCUCAAGAAAUAUGGGCAGAUGAAGGCUGAGAAGGGCGAGAGGCUGUGA